AUGAUAGCUGUGGCCACCUCCACGAGCCGGGAAGGUGCGGCUCCGCCCUCGCCUCCGCCCGCCUUGCAAUUUCUAGACCUCCCCUCUGAGAUCCACAGUCAGAUCGCCGCCUACCUCCCCCUCACCCAGAUCAUCCCCUUCUUAUCCCUCCACCCGACCCUCCUCGGCCUGUCACGCAGUAAUCUCACCCCUCUCCCGCAACUCAUCCGCGAGGCACUAGACGGAGGAUGGCCAUACCAUCCCCUUCUCGCCAAGCUUCCGUCCCUAUCGCUCUUCUUACCAGAUGACGGAGGCGCGAUCUUCCUGGAGGUCUUGGUCAGAGCGAGACCGAAGUGGGUGUUGGAACGGCUGGAACUGGGACGGUGGACGGAGGGGGUUUGGAAGGAGGCUUUUGAGCGGAGGUUUCUGCCGAGUUGGAAGAGGUACAAGGGGGAGGGAGAUACCUGGCGGGCUGUAUUCCUGAGGAUACUCGGGAGGCUGGAGCACCGGAAUUUGGGCUGCACGCACGACGAGUCCUGGACGCGCUUCAUCACGCUCCACCGAAACGGCUCCGCGUCCAUCAACCGUAUCUAUUCCCGCCAAUUCGACCCAUACCAGAUCUACGACGAGCUCAAACAUCAAAACAACUUCGCCGCGGAACCCACCACCGUCCGCGUCGUUGUGCAUCUGCAGGACGUGCGCGUCAUCGUCCUGGGGGUACUGUACAAGUACCCCAGUCUGUUUGUGAAUCAGAAUGCGCACGAUCUGCUACAUCCGCCGCUGCUUACCGAGGUGGAGAUGGAGCGGGGAUCAUCGAACUUCAGUGGCGUAGGGAGCUCGGGUCGGGCGGGCAGCGGCGAAUCACCCAGUCAGAGACCGGCUGUCGAUCGGAUAGCAUCAGGGACUGCAUCCGCCAAUCCCUCUUCGGCAACGAAUGAGGUCUACUACCCCCUCGUGCGGUCGCUCUCCCCCUCCGGCCCACAAGAUACCUCAUACGGCCUGACAGACGGUACCUUCACGAGCUCUUCGUCUACCGCGGCGUCUCAACCCCCGCCUACUACUCGCCGAGCUACACUCUCUAGCCUUCUCUCGCCCUCCCUGAGAUCGCGCCUCCCAUCAUCUCAAAACGUCAACGGGAGCGGUAGCGGCAGCGGGAUGCCAGCCUACCCCGCUCCAGAGUCUCCCUCCUGGGCGCCUUCCAACGGGAAACGGGGUCUCGGCGCCCGACUCACAUCCAGCCGGUCGCGGGAUAGCGACGAUACCACUCCCAAAUCGACGGGAAAGAAAUGGGGAUUGGGUCGAAGGCACAGUGGGGAGGACAGGGGGACCGUGAUUCCCGCGUCGGCGCUGUUCUCGGGCGGAGGGAGCGGUUCGGGCGGGUCUGGUGGAUCAAGUGGAAAUGCCGUGGGGACGAACGGUCACGAGGCGGAGGGCGCGAGAGUCAUCCCUGCUUCGGCGCUGUUUGGGGAGCAGGGCAGACAGGGGUCUGUACCGGAUUCGAGUCGCGCGCCGGGUCCGUCAAUCCUCGCAAACUCGACGACGGCGACGCAUACCGCCUCAGCGGUGUCAAUAGCUGUAUCCAGCUCGUCCAGCCCAUAUGCGGAGGUAUCGCAACCUACAGGAGCUGGCCCGGAUACGCGAGAGCCGCAAGCGCAGCCCCAGACCGGCAACGACCUGAUCGCUCCCCGACCUCGCCUGCACCUCCCUUACCCACCCAUGCGCAGACCCCAGCCUGCCCCAUCUUACCGCUUCUACCCCAACUACACACCGCCCCCUUUCCCACAUCCCUCCUCGGACUCCACGUACAAGGACGGCGUCAGCGCCGGAGCCUCGGCCGUCCUGUUUGACCGGAGGCAAGCGCACCAAGUGGUCGAAGACGAUUAUGCGGGCAAUAUCUGGGCGUACAGACGUACAGCGGGGGAUGGGCUGGGUGGGGUAGGGGACGGGGACACGGCCGGGUCGGCGGAGGGAGGGGAUGAGGUCUGGGGAGGCGGAGAGAGGUAUGUUGAGUGGGACGAAGCGGAGGGAGGGCGGAGACGGUGGGUCGGGCCUAUGCUCGUCAUCGCCCAGCUCCACCCCACACACCACCCCCGCGCCCAACCGCCCGGCGUGGACCCGUCUCUCCCGACAGAAGGCUCAGACCCCGAUCUGGGCCCGAAAGGGAUGUACGCGAGUCUAGGGUUUGAGGACCUUGAGAAGAUCAUGGGGUGGGUCGAGCUGAAGGGUGGGGGCGCGUAUGUGGCGGAUCCGAGGAGGGGCGGGAUGGGGUUUGAGUGA